AUGGCCAAUUGGUUCGAUCAAGAUUUAAUAGUGGCCAAUGUUUUUCUGAAUUUAAAUCCAAUGGAAGUUUUUCAUCCACACAGUGGUUGUUUGAUGGUUUGUAAGGAUUGGAAUCAGAUUAUUUGCAGUGCAGAAUUUGCAAAAUAUUACUUUGAAACUUCUUUUUGUGUUUCGACUCCUUUUUUCAAUGAUGAAAAUUGUCAAGAAUUUGAUAAUCUUGACUCCCCAAUUGAGCAUAAUUUAGAGGAAGCAAUUGAGAGGUACAUUCUUGGCUUGGAACACAAAAUUGAUGAUGAAUAUGAGGAAGAAGUCAAUGAUGAUGAACAAACAGUUGAUGCAUUGGAUUGUGUGAAAUUGUUUGAAAAUGAGCUUGGAACCAAAACUAAAUUAAUGUGGAAAAACAAUUUUUAUAGAAAGUUUCUGACACUUGUUUCAAUAAUGGAAAGAGGUGAUUAUCCUCCACUCUGUAAUUCAGAUUCAGUCUCAGAUACAACUCCCCUCCACGAACAGAUUGGAAAAUUAUUGAAACCUUUAAAUCAAAAUCAAAUCGACAAAUUGAAUAUUAUUUUGAAGAAAUUGCAAUUUUCCAAAUUGUUGACCAACUCUAUCAAAACAAGAUCAGGAAAAGUUGUAAUAUUCCAUGACUCGGGUUUGCCCUAUAUUCUAUCAUCUUUUUACGCAAAUGUUUGUCUUGGCAGUAUUGUUGUGUUAAAUGUCGAAAGGCAAUUUAAAAGUCAACUGUCUAUUUUCCUUCCCCCAUGCAGUGCAGAGGAGGAGACAACAUUUAGAGAUGUUCUCUGUGGACUAUUAUCUCCAAUAUUGAAUAUUAUUAAGGAACGGAAAUCCAAUAUCAGAAGACCUCUCAAUACAUACAUGCUAUUUUCUCAACAAAAAGUGAAUGAGAUAAAACUAAAAAAUCCAACAUUGAAAAUAAUAGAGCUAGCAAGGAUAAUUGUCAACUGUUGGGAAAAUUUGAAUGAAAAUGAACAACAACUAUUUGUUGAAGAGGAAAACAAACUGAAAAUGGAAUAUCAGAGACAGUUGGAAAAUUUCCAGUACAUUAUUUCAGGUUUAAACUAA